AUGGAGUCCCUGAACUUUGAGAGACCCCAAAACCUGCUUGAUCUUGACAAUGAUGUAACACGUAAAGGUUCUCGUCGCAAAAGGGAGUUCAUACCUGAUGAUCAGAAAGAUGCCCUUUACUGGGAGAAGCGGCGUAAAAACAAUGAAGCAGCAAAGAAGUCACGGGAGAAGAGAAGAAUGAAUGACUAUGUGCUUGAAACUUACGUCAUGGCUCUGAAAGAGGAGAACACACGGCUCAAAGCUGAAUUGAUGGCCAUUAAGAUCCACUUUGGUCUAGCUCACCCCGCUGCCUACACCGCCUACCAGCUGUCCCAUAUGCAGGACCAGGCCCGUAACAGUGCUCACGCACGGGGCCCCCAUCUCACUCUGCAAAUGGACUACUGGAGAAGUCAAGAAUCCCCCGUGUGGUCCUCCUCACAACAUCCUCACCCAGUCUUCAUGCCUAUACCCCAGACAAGAGCCAAUCCUUAUUCAAACCAGCAUGGUGGCACAAACUCAAGUCUGUCCACUACAUUCAUUUAUCCUGAAAUGUUCAAACAAAGCCAACCUCAUCAACCUGAUGUUGUGCACAUGCCAAGGAGGCCAAGUCCCAGAAAAGACCUUUGGGAGGAAGAUGAGCAACAGGUCCCUCGAAUUUCCCAGCUGCCUGGUCCUAUGCAAACACCAAAGCACAACCCAGACAGAGACAGGCGUUACUUACUUUCAUAA